UGCCGUGCCAUCGCCAUAACGACUCUUCUGGUACUAGUUAAAUACUUGUCGUGCUAAUGACAUGCCUCCCCCUCCUUCUGCUUAACCCCUGCGGUCUUCUUCCUCCCAGCUCGUAGAAUUCAUCAGUGCCUCUCCUCUUCUGCAUCACCAUCGCCAUAACCUCAUUAACUUGGAUUUAGCUUCCUGAUCAAAGAGGACUUGAGCUCGAGAGGCAAAGCAACGAGAGGGGCUAGCUUCAAGCCUACAAUGGUGGAAGCAGUGGGGUCUUUCCAGAGGAGAGGCGCCGGCCCCGGCACAACGAGGAUGCGCAGCACUGGGGAGGAGGCGCAGAUGGAGGAGUCCCUCGUCUUCUCUGAAACCAUCAAGGAUCUCAAGACUCUGCGGUCGCAACUCUACUCGGCGGCAGAGUAUUUCGAACUAUCCUACAUACAGGAGGACGGAAAGCAGGCGGUGGUGAGUAACCUUAAGGAGUAUGCUGUGAAGGCCCUCGUCAACACUGUCGAUCACCUGGGAUCCAUAUCCUUCAAGGUCUCCAGUCUUGUCGAGCAAAAGUUCGAUGAGGUCGCCGAGGCCAAUUUGCGGGUCUCCUGCAUCCAACAGAGAACUCAAAUGGGCCAAGCGUGCAUGAAUCGGGAAGGCCUUUCGCAGCAAUCCUUGGUCAUCACUGCUCCAAAGUAUCACAAGCGGUACAUCUUACCAGCAGGAGGUGAAUCAAUUCCCAAUGCUGUCCCCAACUUCAGCGAGAUGAAUAAGGCCAAGAACCGGACUGCCCAGAUGCAACAAGCUUUCAGCGCAGCCCAACCAAAAACCAAAGACAAGCAACCUUCAUUCCGCAAGCUUCGGUCAAUGGCCCGUACACCUUCUCAGCGUGCACAUUCAUCCUCUCCGGUGCAGCAUCCGCGCUUCAUGGCACCUUCUGAGACUGCAAUACCUAACAAAAAAGAUAAAAAGUCGGAUUCGCCAAUUUCUUCGACAACUCCACUCACAAGGUCUGGAUCGCUCUCAAAGAAGCCAUCCUUGCUCAAGACGUCAAGUGUCAGGGUUCAGAUGCACACCACUUCAGAUCCCAAAAGAUUGGCACCGCUGCGGUCAUACGCUGAUAGGUACAAUGAAGAUUCCAAGGAAGGCGAGCAGACUCCGAAGAAGAGCAAGAAGUUUCUCAAAUCGCUGCUCAGCAGGCGCAAGUCUAGAAAAGAAGAACCACUGCCCUGUUACUUCGAAGAUUACUGAGUCUUGACACCAGAUGGCACUACACAGUGUCCGAAUAGCUCUCCUGCUUUAGCCUUCCAUGGCAAAGUGUGAUAAGCCCUUGACAUAAAGAUCGUCAGUGUAUAGCAACAUAAUACAGGUUAUUCCUCUCUCUAAAAAAGAACAGCUAAUUCAUGCUGAUAAUGUAAGCAGAAGACACAGAUUCUGGAAAGAUGACCCUGAUCCUUUAUCUGUUUUAA